AUGGAAGAAAGGAAUCCGCUUGUGAAGGACAAUAAGCCGGGCCAUCUCUGGCUGAGGGUGCCGAGGUUGCUGUACUUUCACGAGAUCCCCAGCUGGCAACAAGACAAUGAGUAUCUGUUGUCUGGCUAUAGACCUACGUCUGGCUCUACUUGGACUUCCAUUGCCGGCUUAUUCUAUCUACACAACCAGACGAUCAACAUCUAUUCACAUCUAGUCGGCGCUGUUGUGUUUUGCGUACUGCCGUUUUACUUUUACUGGAACUUUUAUCGCUUCCAGCCCAAUGCGCACCUUGACGAUGUGAUUGUCAUAUCCACUUACUGCCUUGGAGUUGCAGUCUGCUUUACCUUUUCUGCGACUUUUCACAUCAUGUGGAAUCACAGCCAGCCUCUGACUUCGUUCUGCAAUAAGCUGGACUAUCUCGGCAUUCUUGUUCUGAUGUGGGGAGCUGGAAUUCCCACGAUUUACUAUGGCUUCUUUUGCAACCAGAACUUACAAUGGCUUUACUGGAUGACUACAUCCAGCACCGCACUUCUCUGUACCAUAGUUACGUUGCACCCGCGAUUCAUCUCGCCUCAUUUCAGGCAUUGGCGUGCGUGCUUCUACGCCGGCUUUGGGCUGAGUUCUGUCAUAUUCGUCGUUCAUGGCUUACUUAUCCAUGGGUGGGCCGUCCAAAAGGCUCACAUGUCGUUGAACUGGAUGGCAUGGAUGGCCACCUCUAACAUCCUGGGCGCAGCCAUCUAUGCAGCCAGAAUUCCGGAGAGGUGGUUUCCUUACACAUUUGACAUAUUCGGCGCCAGCCACCAGAUCUUUCACGUUGCCGUCAUGGUUGCCGCCGUGAUACAUUUCUGCGGCCUGCUUCAAGCUUUUACUAUCAUUCGCUCAAACGCUGCAGUAUGUUUUAGGUCAUAA